UUGAGCCCACUCCCUUUGCCAGAAUUCCCACCAAUCUGUUCCAGAUCUCCUGCUCCUUAUUAGUCUUUGCACCCCUACAGUGUGAGCACUGCUUGGGCAGUUACUAUCCCUGUAAAUAACGGCAUGUGCAAGUUAUAAACUAAACCUGCCCAGGUAAGUAUGGAUCAGCAGCAUUAUGUGCAGUCAGGACAAACAGCUCGUUUAACACACAAAAGCAGAAGUAAGGAUCGAGUCACCCUAAUAAAAACAAAUCAAAUCAAUCAAACCAAAACCCCUGCAUUUGUAAUACGGUAAUGUGUUGACGUAGGAGGAAUCGGAGAAGUGCUAAGCCCUGUCCAGGUGCUUCCCUCCAUCAGUCGCACUCGAGGAAGCAGCAGCAGGCUGCUGACAGGGCUUGCUGGUACUCCCUGCCUCUGCAGGGCGGGCUCAGGCAGUAGGAGGCCCAGCCCCUGGGAGAUGCCGCCUCCCUGGUCCUGAAGGCUCAAACACUUGCUGCGGGGCAGGGAAGCAUCCGGGGCUGCUGCAGGCUGCAGAGUGGGCCGGGCAGCCAGAAAGAAGAAGAGGAAGAAAGGAUUUUCCUCGGUGAAAUCCUGAAGAUGGUCAAAGAUGACUCCACUGUCCGUUGCUUCCAAGGCUUGCUGAUUUUUGGAAAUGUGAUUACUGGUAUGUGUGGCAUCGCCCUGACUGCAGAGUGCAUCUUCUUUGUAUCCGACCAACACAGCCUCUACCCACUGCUUGAAGCCACCAACAAUGACGACAUCUAUGGGGCUGCCUGGAUUGGCAUGUUUGUUGGCAUCUGCCUCUUCUGCCUGUCUGUUCUAGGCAUUGUGGGCAUCGUGAAGUCCAACAGGAAAAUCCUUCUGGCGUAUUUCAUUCUGAUGUUUAUAGUGUACGGCUUUGAAGUGGCAUCUUGUAUCACAGCUGCAACACAACGAGACUUUUUCACACCCAACCUCUUCCUGAAGCAGAUGCUGGAGAGAUACCAGAACAACAGCCCUCCAACCAAUGAUGACCAAUGGAAAAACAAUGGAGUCACCAGGACCUGGGACAGGCUCAUGCUCCAGGACAAUUGCUGUGGCGUCAAUGGCCCAUCAGACUGGCAGAAAUACACGUCUGCCUUCCGAGCUGAGAACAAUGAUGCCGACUAUCCCUGGCCUCGCCAGUGCUGUGUCAUGACCAAUCUUAAAGAACCCCUCAACCUGGAGGCUUGCAAACUAGGAGUGCCUGGUUAUUACCACAAUCAGGGCUGCUAUGAGCUGAUCUCUGGACCGAUGAACCGACACGCCUGGGGAGUUGCCUGGUUUGGAUUUGCUAUUCUCUGCUGGACGUUUUGGGUCCUCCUGGGUACCAUGUUCUACUGGAGCAGAAUUGAAUAUUGAGCCCAAGUGUUACCCACCAUACCUCUCACCCUACUGACGCUGGAUUUGGUGCUGGAACCUCCCCUGACCUAACAUUCCUCAUUUGGGCUGCACAGUAACCUGAGCAGGACUCCCUCAACUUUCCCAGGCAGAUGGUAUGCACCUCCUUAGGCUCUCAGUCUCCUGAAAUUCUCCUAACUCAUGUUCUUCACCCUGGUCUAGAAUUCUGCAACUUUUUUUUUAUUUUUUUUUAUUUUUAUUAUUUUUUUUUAUUUUUUGACAGGCAGAGUGGACAGUGAGAGAGAGAGACAGAGAGAAAGGUCUUCCUUUGCCGUUGGUUCACCCUCCAAUGGCCGCCGCGGCCAGUGCGCUGCGGCCGGCGCACCGCGCUGAUCCGAUGGCAGGAGCCAGGAGCCAGGUGCUUUUCCUGGUCUCCCAUGGGGUGCAGGGCCCAAGCACCUGGGCCAUCCUCCACUGCACUCCCGGGCCACAGCAGAGAGCUGGCCUGGAAGAGGGGCAACCGGGACAGAAUCCGGCGCCCCAACCGGGACUAGAACCCGGUGUGCCGGCGCCGCUAGGCGGAGGAUUAGCCUAGUGAGCCGCGGCGCCGGCCGAAUUCUGCAACAUUUUUAUAGACAGAACGGGUAAAGUAGAUAAUAACUCCUCCCAUCCCAGUUUAUUUUGGAGAUAUAAAGACAUCCAAAGGCAUCUGCGUCAUCAUGAUAAGCCAGGAAUAUAUUUGGAUAGCAAAUUUUCCUGUAUUUCUCACUGGUUUCUAAAAUAAACCUUCCAGGACUUCCCUUGAUCUCAGCACUGACAGGUGUGAUAAGUAAAGCAAUGACGGCUGCAGUGUAUCUUUCGUCUCUUGUUCUACAGAGGCUGCUGCCUUUAGAGACCUGGUCAUGUCUCUUGAUGUCACCUUUGCAUUCUUUUAUUCUCUAGAACAAUCCCCCACCUUGAGCUAACAAUGGUUCAAAUUUCCUCCCAUAGCUGGCAGAGUGAUAUGCGUGUAAUAAUCUCAGUUCUCCAAAUGCAGACUGUGGAGACAAAGAAGAUUCCUGUUAUAUAUUUACUCAGACUUCGCUCUGAAUGUCCCAACUCACAGCUCCUUUCAAACAGGAUAGAAGCAAGCUGGCUAUUAGAAAGGGUGGUUUAUGGGAAUCGUUGUUUCUGUCAAAAUAUUUCUGUUUCCAUUUGUAGCCCUGAAGGAAGUUCUUACAACACAACAUUUUUGGGUCCGAUCUUAUAAAUAAAGAAGGCUCUAAAAUAUGACCGCUUCCUUUCAUUUUUACCAGCAUCAUAAUUGGCCAUGUACAAGUCUACCAAAGUGGGUUUUCCAAUAGGAGAGCCUCAUUCGUGGGACUGAGCGGAGGAACUGUGCACACAGGGUGUGAAGCCCCCGUCCCUGCUCUACAGUGAAACCUUUGGGCUUCUAUGUUGCCUUUUA